AUGAACAAAACAACAGCAUCCAAGAUUAUAGAAGUUCUUAGGACAAUAUUUGCUCGAAACGGUUUACCUGAGCAUCUGAUAAGUGAUAAUGGUCCACAGUUCGUUGCUGAUGAGUUCCGACACUUUAUGAAAAGCAACGGUAUUCGACACACGACCUCCGCACCAUACCAUCCAAAGACUAACGGUUUGGCUGAAAGGUUCGUGCAAACCUUCAAGAAUGCCAUGAAAGCAUCAAAAGGAGAUGACGGAUCAUUACAAAAGAAACUAUGUAAUUUCUUAAUUGCAUACCGAAAUGCUCCUCAACAGGCAACAGGUGAAACUCCUGCCAGACUAUUCGUUGGAAAACAUCUGACAACCAAAAUUGACAUAUUGCGACCAAAUGUGACAAAGACCGUAGUCAAGAGUCAGGACAGGAUGCGUGAAAAAAUUUCUUCACCUCCGAGGCAAUGCAGUGUUGGAGAUUCAGUACUAGUCAGAGAUUACAGAGGUGAUCAGAAGUGGACCAGAGGAGUCGUAAGUGAGCAGACAGGACCUGUAUCAUACAAAGUGGAAGUGGCACCUGGAAGUGAAUGGAGGAGACAUACUGAUCAAAUCAUAAAAUCAGCAGCUAAUUCAAAUGACACACCAGUACAGCAGUCUGAUGUAGAAACUCAUUUGGACGUGCCAGAAUCGAUAGCGGACGAGAGCUUGUACAGUACUCAGCCUCCGUAG